GACUGCCAGACUAGGCUGUCCCUUCUUUGAGCUGGACUUCUCAGCGGAGUCCGGGUUGCGGUGGUGGCCGGAAUUCCUUGCGCGCGCAGACCGCAUUCCCUCAGGUUCUGAGGCUGAGAGCUGUCGCUGAAUCCGCGGCUUGGGGCGCUGUGUGCUGCACGCCGUCGCGGCGCUUCUGCUCUGGAACCCGCCUAAGCCACCGUAUCUCACUCAGGUCUUCGCCAGACGCCCAACUCUGAGCCAUUCCUCGCGCCUCGCGUUCUUUGUGGUCUGCUAGGCUCUAGCGGUAGCGGUUGUUUGCUUGUUCUCUGGCAGCCUUGCGGAUUCGCGAGGCGCCGUCUGACCCUCAGUGUGCCCACCGGGUAUCUCGCUCUGCUCCCUUUGAGCCCUUUCCUAGGUGUCUGCCACCCACCGGCACCUGCUCACCCACACCCGAGGACGCACUCGGUCUUAAUUCCACCUUUGCCUUUGUGCAAUCAUCCUGGGCAUCCCCAGUUUGAGCAAUACUUAAUACUUCAGGGAUCUAUAUACCUGGUUGCUUUAUGGUCCUUUUAAUGCAGACUCUUAAGUACUUUUUUCUAACCACCAAAUUUUAAUUUUUCACUUGAAUCUACCUGACAUGGCCGUGACCCUCUCUCUCUCGCACCAGGGAACCCCUGCUCAACCUCGAACCUGCGAAACUUCUCUGGCCCAUUCAGCCAUUGUUGUUUACUUCUCCCACGUGUACCCGCACGCAGUCUCGUAGGCAGCUCUUAUAUAAUUGUCGACCACAUUUGUCUUCCCUUCUCCACCAAAUUCCGUGGUAGUUCAGGAUUAUUUUCUUGUAUCCACGCACUCCCAGUUCCUGGCAUGUAGCAACCUUCAACAAAUUAACGUGACUGAAUGUACUUACUGUCACCUCACUCAGUGGAAGAGCCAUUUCUCAGUCUCAACAGGUGUCCAAAAUCCCAUUCUUUCAAUUACUCUAUGUGUGUAUCUUCCCUACCCCGUUCCUGUCAGGUAACAUGUUUUAGCGAAAUAUCCUAAAUUCUCCCUGACUGAUACCUACCUAGCACCCUUACUCUUUCCUUUACAGUCAAGCUCCCCAAAAGAGUAGUCUGAAUUCUGUCCAUUUGUUGAUUUCCCAUUCAUUGUUUACUCCGCAGCAAUCUAGCCCUCAGGCACACCACUCUGACUCAAAUCAUCAAUUAAAAAAUACCAAAUUGAGGGCGCCUGGGUGGUUCAGUGGGUUAAGCCUCUGCCUUCGGCUCAGGUCAUGAUCUCAGGGUCCUGGGAUCGAGUCCCGCAUUGGGCUCUCUGCUCAGCGGGGAGCCUGCUUCCUCCUCUCUCUCUCUCUGCCUGCCUCUCUGCCUACUUGUAAUCUCUCUCUGUCAAAUAAAUAAAUAAAAUCUUAAAAACAACAACAACAAAUUGGAUGGACUCUUCCCAUUCCUUUGACCACUCAUUCUUUCUGUUGUACUUUACCUCUUUGACUCCUUUUAGAAACUUCUCUUCUUCAUAUUUCUCUGGCCAUUUCUUAGUCUUUUCAGGUUCUUUUAACUUUAUUAAUCAUUUAAGUGUUGCUAUUUUUCAACCUCUGGUCCUUGCCUCUCUUAACUUUUCACAGUACACAGUCCUUGGGUGAGCUUAUUUUGGGUGUCCUCAAUUCACAUCUCCAUUGCUGAGCUCUACACUCCUGUAUUUACUUAAUCUCUGAUUAUUAUUCCUUGAACAUUCUAGAGACAAACCUGGUAAACAUAUUCAAAGACUUCAGUCUUCUCUGCUCACUGGUGCCUUCUUUAUACUAUAUCUUGGUGAGUGGCACCCUUGUCCACCUAGAUAGUGAUGUCAGAGAGACCUGAAAAUUGUUCCCAAGCCUUCAUUUCCCCUAAUACACUGUCACCAUACCCUUUUGUUCUAUAUCUCAGAUCUGCUUCCUCCUGUUAAGCCCCCAAGCCACUCCCUUCAUUAAGACCCUCAUCAUGUCUCUUGAGUUCAGCAGCCUUCUGUGGCCAUCUUGGCUGCAUUCUAACCCUCCUCCAAUCCAUUUAUCCUUCACAUCUCUGCCAGGUUCAUCUUCCCAAAACAUGGCUUUCAUCCUUUCACUUAUUUGAUCAAAAAAGUUGGAUAGCUCCCUAUUACAACAGAAUACAGCCCACUUGCCUUUCCAAACUAACCUCAGCUUCUCUUACGGGAGGUUUUUCCUGCAGCCAGACUUGAAACAUCUCUUCUGCCUUUUUGCCUGUGCUGGUGCCAUUUCUCACGUCUGUAGUGCUCAUCUUCUUCCUGAUCAGAUAUCCUGAAUCUUCCUCAGCCUUCAAGGCCCACCUUAUAUUCUGCUUCUUCCACAAUGAUAAUAGCCAAGUACACCUUGCAGUUUACAAAAUGUAUUUGCCUGAGAGGUCAGCACUACCAGCACCCUUUUAUGAAUAAGAAUGAGAGAACUGUGGCACUGAAGGUUGAACGACUUGCCAGAGGCUACAAAGCUGUCAAGAGACAGAGCCUGGGCCUACCUAGUCUUUAGUCUUCUCUUUCCAGAUCUGUUUUUACCUCAGUGACCACUCCCUCUCUGACCUCACAGCAUUAUGGUCUUCAUCAGUCCUUCAGUCCUUGAUUACAUACUGCCUGUGACCAGCAGAAAGAGUGGCCUUGAGAGUGGGGGGUGAGACCUAAGAAGAGAUCACCCCCUAUUUGAAUCAGAUCUGGCCAUUAAGGGCACAAGAGACGAACUGAGCUAUCCUUGGGAACAUGGUCUAUGAAUGGAGGCACACGGAACAUGACCCUGAGACUUGACCUCUGAGAGGCCUGCUUCUCUGUGACAUCUCUUCUGAAGUAGAGCGUGGCCUUGUGACAUCUCAGGCAUUUGGGCUCCCCCAGAGAGUCAGGGCCUCAGAAAAUACCUGUGAAAUGAGCAGAAGGGAGAUGAUGCCAGGCAGCAACCUGGCGAGACAGGGAGUGGAGCUUGCUCGCUCUACACACUGCUUCACACAUGAGGAUAUCACUGGAAGAGCCCCGGUCCCCGGCAUGAGCAUGGGCACCAAUAUGGGCAUGAGGUUUAUGUGGCUGCCGCUAGUUGACCAGAAACACAGGAGUGGUCAGAUGGAGGCCCUGGUACAGACCUGCUCAGUGUGCCGACAGGACCUGCACGAUAUGGGGGCCCGGUUUCUACCCUGCCAGCAUUUGCUCUGUAAAGGCUGCUUCCAGGGUUUGAUCCAGGAACUGAGGCAGGUGGCCAAGGUUCUCGGGUCUGUCCCAGAUGAGCUCAUCUCCUGUCCUGGGUGUAAGCGAGUAUACCUUACCAGGGAUGUAACUGAACAUUUUUUCCUGCAGUGCGUUUCUACUGGGCAAUCCAAGAUGGCCAGGAACUGCUCCGAGUGCAAGGAGAAGAGGGCAGCGCACAUCCUGUGCACCUACUGCAACCGCUGGCUGUGCAGCUCGUGCACCGAGGAGCACCGGCACGGCCCUGCGCCUGGGGGCCCACUCUUUCCCCGGGCCCACAAGGGACCACCAGGAGUGAGUGGCGCUUCUGGGGACUUCGCUUUGUACUGUCCUCUACACACACAGGAAGUGCUCAAGCUAUUCUGUGAGACCUGCGAUGUGCUCACGUGCCAUAGCUGCCUCAUGGUGGAACACAAAGAACACAGGUGUAGACAUCUGGAAGAAGUUUUGCAAAACCAGAGGAUGCUUCUAGAAAGUGUGACCACACAGGUGGCUCAUAAGAAAUCCAGUCUACAGACAUCUGCAAAACAAAUUGAGGACAGGAUUUUUGAGGUGAAGCAUCAGCACAGGAAGGUGGAAAACCAGAUCAAAAUGGCCAAGAUGGUUCUGAUGAAUGAGCUGAACAAACAGGCCAACGGACUCAUAGAGGAGUUGGAGGGCAUUACUAAUGAGAGAAAGCGGAAGCUGGAACAGCAGUUACAGAACAUCAUGGUCCUCAACCGUCAGUUUGAGCAUGUGCAGAAUUUCAUCAACUGGGCUGUCUGCAGCAAAACCAGUGUCCCUUUCCUAUUCAGCAAAGAGCUGAUUGUGUUUCAGAUGCAACGAUUGCUAGAGACAAACUGUAACACAGAUCCGGGCUCCCCUUGGAGUAUCAGAUUCACCUGGGAGCCUAACUUCUGGACCAAGCAGCUGGCUUCCCUUGGCUGUAUAACUACUGAAGGUGGACAGCUGUCCCGGGCAGAUACUCCUGCUUAUGGAGGCUUGCAGGGACCAUCAUCCUUUUAUCAAAGGCACCAGUCCCCAGUGGCUCAGCAAGAGACUCUCAGCCACCCCUCACACAAGUUCCAGUCUCCAGCCCUGUGUUCCUCCUCUGUGUGCUGCUCCCACUGCUCCCCAGCCUCGCCCUCCCUCAAAGGCCAGGUCCCCCCACCCAGCAUACACACAGCCCACAGCUUUAGGCAGCCCUCUGAGAUGGCAUCCCAACAACUGGGGUCUCUGCAGUGCUCUACCCUGCUGCCCAGGGAGAAGGAGCUGGCUUGCCAUCCUCAGCCCCCAAAGCUGAUGCAGCCCUGGCUGGAAACCCAGCCCCCUGUGGAGCAGGAGAACACAUCCCAGCGGCUGGCACCACAGCUGACUUCCCAGCCAGUAUGCAUCGUGCCCCCGCAGGACGUUCAGCAAGGAGCCCAUGCCCAGCCUACCUUGCAGACCCCCUCUAUCCAAGUCCAGUUCGGCCACCACCAGAAGUUGAAGCUCAGCCACUUUCAGCAGCAGCCACCUCAGCAGCUGCCCCCUUUGCCCCCUCCACCGCCUCCACCCCAGCAGCCGCCGCCUCCCAUACCUCCGUCCCAGCAUCUGACCUCUAGUCAGCAUGGGAGCCCUCCUGGGCCUGCCUGUUCCCAGAAUGUGGAUAUAAUGCAUCACAAAUUUGAGCUGGAGGAGAUGCAGAAGGACCUGGAGCUUCUCCUUCAGGCUCAACAGCCCAGCCUACAACUAAACCAGACCAAAUCUCCUCAGCAUCUUCAACAAACCAUUGUGGGGCAAAUCAACUACAUUGUGAGGCAGCCAGCGCCUGUCCAGUCCCAGAGCCAAGAGGAUGCUGUGCAGGCUUCAGAUGAGCCUUCAGCGUCUGAAGGUCCAAAGCCAGCUCUCCCUCUUGACAAGAAUACUGCUGCUAACUUGCCCCAGGCUCCUGGGGAGGAAACCCCUCCCGGUGUCCCUCCACUGGACGGCACCAUCCAGCACUCCUCUCCAAAUGUGGUGAGAAAGCACUCCACUUCGGUGAGCAUCAUGGGCUUCUCCAACACAUUGGAGAUGGAGCUGUCAUCUACCAGGCUGGCAAGGACCCUAGAGCCACAGAUACAGAGUGUGAGCAGCCUGACUGCUGCCCCUUCCCACAUGGUCCCAAGCCUACUGAGCAGCACACCCACAACUGUGUCCGGCCUGAUGAGUGGUCAAAACCAGGCUAUGCCCAGCCUGACCGUCAGUCAUCUGCAGACUGUACCCAGCCUUGUGCGCAGCACGCCCCAGUCUAUGCCUGGUCUGAUGAAUGAGUCCUCCCAGGCCAUCACAAGCCUAGCAAGUGAUCACUCGCAGGCCAGGCCCAACCCAAUGUCUGGUACCACCCAGACUAUGCCAAGUCUGGCAACUUGUCCUCUGCAGAGCAUGCCUCCAGCUUCUGACAUGCAACCAGAAACCGGAUCCAGCUGCAGUCCUGGCUCUGGCCGAACUGGAGGGAGCCUGUGCCCUGCAGAUGGGGCUGACCCCUCCCUUGGGAAUGCCCUGUGUAAGAUGGAGAAUGAGGAUUCUACUCGCUUCACUGACUCUCUGGGACAAGACGCCACAACCCCGGGUCUGGAGGUUUCCAAGGAUUUGGCUGUGCCUUCAGAACUGGAGGAGCCAAUUAACCUCUCUGUGAAGAAACCUCCACUGGUCCCAGCAGUCAAUACAUCCAUGGCUCUGCAGCAAUACCGGAACCCAAAAGAGCAUGAGCAUUUUGAACAAGGAGCCGUGGAGACGGAUGCAAAGGAGAAUCAGAGUAUCAGGCCCUUCCACAGCGAGCCCAAGAUUCCCUACGUGCGGCUGGAGCGGCUCAAGAUCUGUGCUGCCUCCUCAGGAGAGAUGCCAGUGUUCAAGUUGAAACCCCAAAAGAAUGAGCAGGAUGGGAGCUUCCUGCUGAUCAUCGAGUGUGGCACUGAGUCCUCCAGCAUGUCCAUUAAGGUCAGCCAGAACAACAUGCCUGAUGCCAUCCAGGCCCCAAGUCUGGGGGGAAGAAAGGUCACUGUCACUUCUCUGGCUGGGCAGCAGACACCAGAGGGGGAGGGUGUAUCUCCUGAGGAGCAAAGACUCAUUCCUCGGACCCCUGGAGCCAAGAAGGGGCCCCCAGUACCCAUGGAGAACGAGGACUUCUGCGCCGUGUGCCUCAACGGAGGGGAGUUGCUGUGCUGUGACCGCUGCCCCAAAGUGUUCCACCUCUCCUGCCACCUGCCGGCCUUGCUUGGCUUCCCAGGGGGAGACUGGGUGUGUACCUUGUGCCGCAGCCUGACCCAGCCAGAGAUGGAGUAUGACUGUGAGAAUGCCCGCUAUUACCAACCUGGAACGCGGGCCACUCCUGGCCUGAGCGUCUAUGACCAAAAGAAGUGUGAAAAGCUGGUGCUGUCCUUGUGCUGCAAUAGCCUCAGCCUGCCCUUCCACGAGCCCGUUAGCCCGCUGGCCCGGCAUUACUACCAGAUUAUCAAGAGGCCCAUGGACCUGUCGAUCAUCCGGAGGAAGCUGCAAAAGAAGGACCCAGCUCACUAUACCACCCCAGAGGAGGUGGUAUCAGACGUCCGCCUCAUGUUCUGGAACUGUGCGAAGUUCAAUUAUCCUGACUCAGAAGUCGCAGAGGCCGGCCGCUGCCUGGAAGUGUUCUUUGAAGGCUGGUUGAAGGAGAUCUACCCGGAGAAACGGUUUGCCCAGCCAAGGCAGGAGGACUCAGACUCCGAGGAGGUGUCUAGCGAGAGUGGGUAUUCCACUCCCCAGGGCUUCCCAUGGCCCCCCUAUGUGCAGGAGGGCAUCCAGCCCAAGAGGCGGCGGCGACACAUGGAGAACGAAAAAGCAAAACGCAUGUCCUUCCGCCUGGCCAGCAGUGUCUCCCAGGUGUGAGAGCUGGCAGCAGAGCGAGCAGCCUGGCAGCUGCCAUCCCAUCCUGUCGACCACUGUCCCCACCUUUCAGCUCAUUCUCUUCAGACCGUGGAUGUGAGACGAGUCUUGUCGAGCCAUGGAGUGCUCUUCUUUGCCGUUUGCAUCUUACAGCAUUCAUUUGGGAGCCAUUGUGCAUCCACUACAGAGAAGAUUCCAGUAAUAAACAGCAAAGAGGGAGGUGUUCCCGAUUCCCAGACAAAUCAGAUGUGUAGGGUCCACUGGACAAGACCGCGCCGGUCAGGCUCGGGAAGGCCUAAGCUUCUUGGUGACCUCUUUCUGCUGAGGAAAGCAGACUUUUCUCACCUCUCAGUGCGCAGGGCUCAGGAGCAGUGUAUAUAUCCGAAGUCCUCCUGGGCCCUGGGGUGCGGUGUGGAGAGAAGGGAGAGAGGUUCUGACAUAUAGCAGGCCUAUGAUCACUGGCCUAGCACAGCCAAAGACUGUCACUGUUUGCCUUUGCUUGGCCUGCUAGGACAGGAUGCUGCCCUGUGCAGGGUAAUGGAGGCUUCUAGAGGCCAGAGGUCUCAAUUGGUGCCUAUUUGGGUUCUAACGGUUUUCAGGGUAUUUGUUCCUCAUGACCCCUCUUCCGAUGUUGACUUAGGUGGCCGCUGUGCUCUAGGUGGUAUGGCCUUCUUGAUGGGGCUGGGUGGCUGUGCAGGGACUGCUGAUGGCUUCAGGCUCAGAUUUCACUGGCAGGCUUAAGGAGAUGUCAGCUGCAGAGCCUGUCCUCUGUGUUACUGACUUUGGGUUCAUAGCUAUUCUUCGGGGUCAGAACCUGCUUUCCUGGGAGUGAUUGUCAGUGGCCAUCUCUUCAGUUUCUCCACUCAGGUCUGGACCCUGAGUUCUGCCUUGGAAACCUGAGAGGCAGGGGCUGGCCAAGGAGGCGGCCCCAGAACAGCUCACCCUGCUGGGCUUCUCCUCCUUCUUAGACAUGCUAGCCCUCAGCUUCUCCACUUUCACAGAGCCAAAGAUCAGAAGCGAGUGCUCUGACUCGCCUGUCCCUGGGCUCCCCACAGCCCAGAAAAAGCCAAGACACUAGUGGCCACCCUUUUCUGAUGGAGGCUGGAGAAGGCCAGAGGGUGAGCCAGGAGCCCGAUCUAACUGCUCCUGGGGGAAUGUUGUGUCUAGGGUGGAGAAGGGAGAAACUUGAGAGCUGAGGAGCCAGAGUCCUUCAGUGACUUUGAAGCAACUUCAGGAUGUCACUUCUCCAAGAAUGCAGAGGGAAGUGUUCUGGAAGCCGCAGGCACAGGAAUUCCAGACUGCAUCUCAGGUGGAGAGGGAUCUUCAUGGCCUGAGAGGGGUGUUUUGGAGGAGGAGGCAUAGGCAGCUGCGGGGAAUCAGGCUAUUUCCCCAGUGAGGACUUGGUGGAGAAGGAAGCUACUGCUGAUGAUGCUGGGGGAGAUGAGAGCGGACGUGCCCAUGGCCUGGCCUGCAGACGAAGCUGUCUCUGGUCUGGGUCAUGGUGUGACUAAUUUCAAGGGAGUCUUAGGUCAUGGCUUUAUUUUUGCUAAGAGAUGAAGUUUAAGGAAGUUCUUGUGUGUAGGGCCUUUGUCAAUGGGAACAUUCUGCUUGGAGAAAAGAUUUCUUCUCUCCUUGUCAGUUGGUGUUACUGCUCAUUUCCUUCACCCCGCAGGCUGAGAGGCCAUCUUCACUUCAGAACCAAUCGCGCCGUUGGCCUGCCAUUCUUUCACCAGCCCUUGCCAGGCUCUCCUCCGCAGAUGGGCUUCCACAGUCCUGUUUCCUAGUCAGGAGUAACUAAGUCUUUAAUACUCCAGUAGCCAGGCAAUCUUUAGGUCUAGCUCUCUGCUCUUUGGGGCACACAUGACUCUGGCUUGGGUUUUAGCCACUUUCCUUUCAAUAUUUGAAUCUUUUUUCCCUGUUCAGUUGACUUGGCAAGGUUCCCUCUGUAAUUACCUCACUAAUUUCAUGCUCUUGGUCAUCUUUCCUUUGUUGUGGCCCCCACCCCCACCUCCCCUGAAUGAGCAUCGUGGUGCUAUGUGUCGGACAGCCAGGUAAGGGCUGCAAUAGGCUCAAAUCUGAUUGGGAUCCUUCCACAGGACCAACUGAGGCCACAAAUAAGCAGAAAUGCCUGGCUAACUGCUUGGCUUCCCUCCUAUGACAUAUAGUGUGCUGGGCCAGAGAUCUUAGUAAUGUAGUAGAGAGUCACAUAUUCCUUUCCCAUCGCAGAGACCCUGCCUGCUGAGAGGUCCACUUCAGCACCUGAGCAGACGGAGGGUGUCCUUCCCCACAAGGGUGCAAGGCCCUGCCCCACCACACCACCUCUGCACUGGUUACCCCACACCCCGCCUCUCUCCAGGCUUUUCCUGUGGACUUAGCACCAAUGUUUUAUGUCGUGGUUUGGUUUUAUUUUUGCAUGCAGAAAACAGAACAUGGGUUUUUAGAAAUUAAAAGAAAAAGCUGCUAGCCGAGUGACUGACUUCAGUGGCUCUUUGCUAACGUCUGAGCUGAUCCUGCUUUUGACUUACUCCCAUAAUGGCCCCCUUUGAAGUCAGUCAGAUCCUUUGGCCUUUGACUAAGUCAUGAAAUGGCAGUGAGUUCUGGGUCCUCCCAUUAUAGAAUGCAUUCUGAAAGGAGAAAUGGGGCUCCUUGGAUAUACUGAGAAAUAGGAGGGCAGAGUGGCUUCAGUGGAUGCAAAGGGGAUUUUAGUGCAAAAAUUGGUGCAGGAUGAAAAAAAAUUGGUGCAGGAUGAAUUGCGGAGUACUCUUCCAGAACAUGGGUAGUCCGGCCCUACCUGACUUCUAGCAGUUGCCAACUACACCCCCUCUACAGGUCUCCCUCCCACAGUGGCAGCUGCCUGACCCUCUUUAGACUCUGCUCUAAGACUUGAUAGGUUCUAGUUCCCUCUGGCAACAGGUCUUUGCCUUGCUUCUAAGACCUAGACCUCUCCUCAUUUGUUCCCAGGCUCUGCUCUGCUCUCUCUCCCACUCCCUGAUGUCAUGUCACCUGUAGUCUUCUCUUCUGAACUCCCAAGCUGAGACUUUGCUCCUUUGGGAUCACCAUCCCCCAUGCUUCCUCCUCUCCCAUGCCCUCCCUGCUGUUUAUUGAAAUUGCCUGCUCCUUUAGCCCAGUUCCCUGACCUCCUCUCUCUUUGUGUCAGCCUUCUCCCUGGCUGUUUCCUCUCCCUAGCCUGAACCCGUGGUCCAUCACAUAUGGACAUUUUUAUCAGGAUCCUGAGCUUUCUUAUCCCCUCUAACUCAAAACUUCCCCUGAAACUGUCAACUGUUCUCCAUUUUUGGCAUCAGCUUAUUUUCUCCUCCCCUCUCCUGGGUCGCUAAGCAUGACAGCUUCAUAGUUGACACCCUCAGUUGGGCGGUCAGCAUUGAUGGGUGUAUCUUUGACUUGUAAUUACACCGCUCUCUGUCUAUGCCCCUUAUCUUUGCUCUCAGCAACUGACUGACCCCACUGCCUACUUCACAGACCAGAGUCCCUAAAGUGAGAAACUCCCUGCCCAUUUGCUCCUCUCUCCCUCCCCUCUGUGUCCACAUCCCUCCUCAGAUUGUUCCCUUCUGCUCCUGUUCAGUGCUCUGUUUCUUGAAUCCUGCUCUGUGGCCUCCAAGACUUUGCUCUGUCCCUUAUCCCACCACUCCCACUUCCUGGGAGCUCAACCUCCCUCUCCAAUGGCAGCUCCACAAAGCCUACACACAAGCAGAGGUCGCCCCCAGACUAAAACAAAGCUUCUUAGAAUCGGUUGCUCCUUACCCAUUGUCCUUAUUGACUAAGUUUCUUUAAAAAAGGAUUUUUUUUUUCCAUUAAUUCUUCUCACUCUUCAACCUCCACAGCUUUUCAUAAGAGUCACCAGUGACCACCCAGUUGCCAAAUCGAAAGAAUACCUUUCAGUUCUCAACCGUCUUGACGUCUCCACAGCAUUUCACACCAUCUGCCACUUGUUCUUUGGAGACAGCCCCAUCUCAUGGCUUUUCUGACACCGCAGGUGUCUGGGUUAUUCUCUUCCCUCUCGGCCACACAGGCCGAGACUUUCUUAACGUCUUGACAAGCGAACACAUCCAUAGCUCCUUGCGGUCUCCCCUCUUCAGGAAUGGGGCAGUCAGGAGGAAGCACGGCUGCUCCUGCUCCCUUCCCUCUGUGUCUUCCUGUUUUCCCUGAGUCUCUUUCUUCCCCUGGGCUCAGUUCUCCCCAUGCCAGUCAUGUUUAUGAGCUCUCCUGGGAAGAGAGCUUCUGCAAUCCUUUCUCUCUGUCCUUCCCAGUGCAGCACAGAGAUCGAUUUUAGCUAUGUUUGCCAAGAGGUCUCAUCCAACUCAGCCCAAGAAUGUGGAUUGAGUCUUACCAAAAAGCAGUUUGGGUAAAUGGGAUUCCCAGGCUGGUGGGCAGCUCAUCGCCAUGAUCCCCGUACCAGUUAGAGCUGGCCACAGUUGGUGAGGUGCUGGGGAUCAUGGUAAAACAUGUUUCCAUUGUGUGGGUCAUUGUGCUUCUAGUCGGGAGGAGGAUCCCUGCAAGGGUGGCUGUCUGCCACUGAUAACAUUCUGGUAGAGGGAAGACUGAGAAGUGCUGGGAGUCCUCACUUGCUUGGGGCCCAGUUGAGGUCAGGCAGGCCUCUUUUAAAAGGCCAGGUCUCUCCCAUCUGUACUGAUAGCUCCCCGUUUGCUCCAGCUAUUCCUGGAGUUGGAGGCAGAUGUCAGGUGUUUUCUUGGAGGUGGGGUGAGAUAGUAGAAAGUUAUCUGAUUUGAGAUGCUGAACACCUAAAUUUUGGUUCUGCCAGUUAUGAAUUAUGUGACGUUGGGUAGUUUCCCCAACUUGGUUGGGGGAGGGGGUUGAAAACGGUGAUCUCUCUGAGGCUGUGCUACUGGAAUGAUGGUGCUGGUGAUUCGAACUCUAAAGCUCAGGCGCCACAGGGAGCAAGGGAAUAUUGGGGAUAGGACAUAGCUGGGGAGUCUUGGCCAAGGCAGGACAAAGGGACUGACAGGCUAGACUGAGCACUUUGAGGAAAGCAGCUUUGAGCUGCUUCUUGAGCCAUAUGCCCAUUCCUCAAGCUGCACCUCUUUCUUGGAUAUCUAGGAUGAGUUCCUCUUGGGCCUUUUUCAGAAGUGGCCAUUGGAUUCAAAGUGGUUGGGGGCAGGAAGAAGGAGUAUUGUGAAGGGAAAUGUCACUGAUCUUAAAAGGGCCUACACAUUCAAGAACAAAUUAAAAACAGCACUUUUCUUUACCAAUAA